AAUUUGAGCGUUAAGAAUUUAGAAAUUUGAAAUACUAAACAUAAUAAAAUUUAAAUAUUUGGAAAGGCAAGUUCGCAUUCAUGCUGCGCAGGCAAAUACUAGAUGCAACAAAAAGCGACAUCUUUGAUGUUCCGCAAAACUUAUUCCUUUAAAUCGAUUUUACCGGCGAGCGGGGAAAUUUAUAUUGAGUGAAUUUAAUUUUUUAUCUCAAUAUUCCUUCACUUUUCCUUGUCGCAUACAUGUUCAUAAAAAGGGAGGCUGUAAACAAAAAGACAACUACUUUUUGAUGCAAAUUUGCAUGGAUUGAUUCUAAGUUUUAAAAAUGCGUCUUCAUCACGGUUGUUUUUACGAGAGUAACCUCAAAUAUUAACUAUAAAAAUAUUGUUAGUUCAUUUUACGAUUUGCUUAAAAAUAAUGUUGAAAUCAAUAUGUAAUUCAAUUUAUAGAAUUAAUUUAAGAAAAGAUCUUUGGAUUCAACAAUUAGGAUUAUGUUCAAUGGUUGCAGAAGUUAAUACUAAAAAUAAUAGUGAAGAUGCAGACAAAAUUUCAAAGAAAGAAGGUGUAAUUUUAAAAGUAGUAAAUAAAAGUAAUUUGACAAAAUUAAAGAAACACAUAGAGCUUGCUCGUGCUGAAGCAAUAAUAUCAUGUCGUGACACAGGCGGACCAUAUAAAUCAUUAAAUGAUUUAAUGUCGCGAAAUAAAUUAAAAUCUGAUGUAUUGGAUAAAUUGUACAAUUCAAUUAGUUAUCAACGUUACUCAGAAAUAAUAUCAUACAAAUCUGCAAUAAUCCCUGAAUUAAGAAUGGAACAGAUACCUGAAACAACAUUAGGUAUACAUGUAGGAACAUCUCUGGUAACCUGGGCUUCAGUAACUAAUAAUUUUGAAGUGUUAGAGUGGGACAGUAUGGCAUGGUAUUCUGAAAAUCCUCCAAAAAAUUCUUACGAUUUAAUCACAUUGAUUAGACCUAUUGUUGAAAAAUUACCUAAGUGCCAAUGCUAUGUAACAGAAGAUACAUAUCUUAAAAAUGUAACAUCUACAAGUAUUAUAAGCUGCCAGGCACAAUUAACUGUUGCUAUUAUGGCUUGCCUUAAAGUAAUGGAAAAUCAGAGAACAGAUGAUUCAUUACCACCAGGAAACGAAAUAUACAUGUUAAAACCUCGUACAUCGGCAAAGUUUCACAAACUUAUUGUUGGUUCCGAAAUAAUAUCUCCAAGUUAUUUUAUGAAGAAGAUAAUAAAUAGUAAUACCAAGACAAGUACUAAUGAAUUAGAAGUUGUGCAUAUAAAUGAUAUACUCAAACAUAAUUAUUUACAUGCAAAUGUAUAUCACCAAGAAGAAAUUAGUUGGUGUCUCUUGAAAGCUUUAACGUUUAUGCGAUUAGCGCUACAUCAAUUGUGAUAGCGAACACAGAAUAGAACAAUUAGUAGAAAAUUAACGAACUCUAUUACAUUGUAUGUAUAAUUAUAAGUUCAUACAUAUAUUUAAUAAAAUAUUUUUGUUUCUAAAAGUA